AUGGCGCUCGAAUCAAAGAAGCGCUCGCAUGGCGAUUCCAACGCCGCUGCUGGGCCUAGCAAAGCCCCACGGCCCGCUCCAGCGUUCACAUCCGCGCUCAAGGCAGAUGAAGGCGACUUUCCACGAGGCGGAGGGACCACUCUGUCCGCUUUCGAGCUUAAGCAGGUCAGGGAGGAAGGAAGGCGAGAGGCAGAAGCAGAGAUAGCCGCAGAGGUAGGUCGAUCCCACCGAGUCGUGCAGGCAAGAUCUGGGACUAGGACUGAUCGCUUCAAAAUCGAAGCGCCAAGUCAGCGAGCGCGAGGCGCGGCGUCUGAAGAAGAACGAGGCGCCGAACACCUGAACUACAAGCGUCUGACCAUCGGGACCCGCGUUCUCGCCCGGAUCCACACUAUCCUGCCCUUACACCUGGUCAUCUCGCUCCCCAACAACCUCCUCGCCCAUGUACCCAUCACCGAGAUCUCCUCGACUCUCACCGCCCUCCUCUCCGCCGAAGAGGCCGCCAUGUCUAUCUCAGAAGACGAGGACGACGAAGAUGAAGACGACUCGCCCGCCAAGUCCGCGGCGCCUGAGCUAUCCCAGCUCUUCGUACCAGGCCAGUACUUUCCCGCUCGUGUGGUCGCUACCUAUCCCACGGCGAGCCAGGCCUUCGUUUCUCAGUACCCGAUGUCGGAGACGACCAAGCUGGCGGCGAGGGUGGAAAUGACGUUGAUGCCGGAGAAGGUGAAUAGCGAGAUUGCCAAGGCGGAUCUGGACAAGGGGUUCGUACUUGUUGGGGAGGUGAAAGAGGAGGAAGAUAAGGGAUGGAGGGUCGGGCUGGGGUUGGGUGAUGAAGGCGGAGGGAGUGGGGUAGGGGGGUGGAUAGGGAAGGAGCAGGUGACGAAGAACGUAACGUCCGGAACCCUGAUCCCCGGCCAGCUCGUCCGAGCCUCCAUCUCCUCCGUAACCGCCUCCGGCCGCGUCCUGCAGCUGUCCCUAAACCCUCAGACUGCGGUCAAGGGUCAAUUAAACGAGGUGUCCAGCGUCAGCUCCAUCCUCCCCGGUCAUCUCGUCUCGACGCUCAUUACCGCCGUCAUGCCGAGCGGGCUGAACGUCAAGAUUGGGGGUUUCUUCGAUGGGACGAUCGACCUGACGCAUUUGGCUUUGGGGGAUGCGGAGAUCGAGGACAGGUAUAAGGUCGGGAAGAAGAUCCGCGCUCGAGUCCUAUACGAUAACCAGACCGUUACUCCUCGCCGGUUCGGUCUCUCCGCCCUCCCGCAUAUCCUCGAUUUGGAGUCUCCGCUUGCUGCCGACAAGGUUACGCCCUUAGAGCAGGCCAUCCCGAUCGGGAAGAUGAUUAGCGCGGUGACGGUCCAGAAGGUCAUUUCUGAGUGGGGUCUCGUUUGCCGCACCGACGAUGGAUUGGACGCUUUCGUUCAUAUCAGCCACAUCUCUGACGAGCGUCUUCCUUCCCUUUCGUCCUCCGCCGGCCCUUACGCGCCCGGAACGAUGCACCGCGCCCGCGUUAUCGGCCACUCUCCCCUCGAUGGCGUCAUCCUCCUCAGUCUGGAGCAGAAAGUCAUCGAUCAGGUCUUCAUGGCCGUCUCGGAGCUGUCUGUUGGCCAAGUGCUGAAAGGCACUAUCCGCCGCCUGACCGACAAGAUGCUCUUCGUCGACAUCUCGGGAUCGGUGGACGGUAUUGUUCACCCUCUCCACUAUGCGGAUAUCCGCCUGAAGCAUCCAGAACGGCGUUUCAAGGUCGGCUCUACCGUCAAGGCCCGAGUGAUCGAAUUGGAGGCGGCACGAAGCCGGGUCGUCUUGACUUUGAAGAAGAGCUUGGUCGAGAGCGAUCUGCCCGUCCUGGCUUCUUUUGCGGAGUAUAGCCAGGGCGUGGCCGUAGCGGGGACGGUGGUCAAGUUGUUGGACAAGGGACUGGUCGUGGAGCUAUUUGGGGGACAGAAGGCGUUCGUUCCGCAAAGCGAAGCCAGUCAAAAUCCCUCGUCCAACCUGUCCGAGAUCUUCUACGUCGGCCAGCCCACCAAGCUCCGAAUCAUUGAGCUCCAACCCGCCGUGCACCGGCUCGUGGGCUCAAUUCGCCAAGCCCUACCUUCCGCCCUCGCUGCCGAGCAGCUCGACAUCGGACACAGCGUUUCUGGGCAAAUCACCCAGAUCCACGCCGAGCAAGUCGUCAUCACCCUCCAACCCUCUCAAUCUACCGCCCUUCUCUCCCUCAGCAACCUCUCAAACCAUCGCCACAUGACCAUCGACGAGAUGCGGUCAAGUCUCAAAGUCGGAGAGAAGAUGGACGGUCUGGUGAUCGUCUCGAAGAACGCUCAAAGUGGGCUGUUCAUCGUAUCGUACCCCAAAAAUCCGGCUGCUGCGACCAACGCAACGACAGCAGGCGCAACGGGGAACGACAAGGAAGGGAUCUCAUGGCGGACAGUCCAGGUCGGACAGGCCAUUACCGGAAAGGUCGUCUCCCACUCGACUCUCUCGGCCGGAAUCCAGAUCAAGGGACUUCGGGGCCGGCUGCACGCCACAAAUAUCGCGGACGACUAUGACCAAGUCUCUUUCCCUCAGCCGGACGGACCUGGCAGCAUUGGCGAUACCGUCUACUGCACUGUACUCAAGGUCAACCCAGCUGCGAAGCUUUUGGAGCUGUCGAGUAGGGCGUCGAGGGUCAAGUCGACGGGCGGAGAGGUGAAGGAUGCGGAGGUGAACUCGGUGGCGGAUCUUGAGGUGGGCAAGAAGGUUCGAGGGUUCGUCAAGAACGUAGCGGCUGGUGGGGUUUUUGUGGCGCUGGGGACUGGAGUAACGGCGAGGGUGAUGAUCAAGGAGCUGUUUGACGAUUACGUCAAGGAGUGGCAGCCGAAGUUCUCCGUCGGUCAGCUCGUAUCAGGCAAGAUCCUCAAGGUGGACACCGCCAACAACCUCGUCGAAAUGACGUUCCGUACCAAGGCUGCUGCGUCCAGCAAGAAGGUCGCGCAGCUCGGCUUGUCCGACUUCAAGGAGGGCCAGAAUGUUGUCGCAGUCGUGAAGAAGGUGGAGGAGUAUGGGAUCUUCUUGAGAAUUGAAGGAAGUAAUGUUUCGGGACUGUGCCACAAGUCUGAGCUUGCCGACAACAAGAAGGCCGACGUCUCGAGCGCUCUCAAGGGCUUCCGAGAGGGCGAUCAAGUCAAGGCCCAUAUCAUCACUAUCGACAAGGAGAAGGGCAGGGUAGCUUUCGGUUUGAAGGCUAGUUAUUUCGAUGACGGGGCUGCGGCUGUAGAGGAAGAUGAGGAGAUGGAGGACGGAGAGGGAGAUGAAGAUGUCGACGGGGACGAAGAGGUAGACGAGGAUGAGGGAGACGAAGAAGACGAGGACGAAGAGGAAGAUGGAGAUGAGCAAGGGGAUGAUGAAGAUGAGGAAGAAAGCGGGGAUGAACAGGAGGCGGAGGACUCUGAUGAAGAGGGUAUCACUCUUCAAGUUGAUCAACCCGGUACCACUGCCACCGCCACCAAGCCCAAGUCCAAAGCCAACGCUGUCGCGCUCGAUGUAGCUGGCGGCUUCGACUGGUCCGGUGCUGCUCCGGGCGUUGAGGACGACUCCUCGGAUGACGAUUCUGACGCCGAGGACGACGCCGAGAUGCCCACCUCUACAUCCGCUCCUGCCACCACUAAGGGCAAAGGCAAAUCCCGCGCCGCCCCUCUCGACCUCACCGCUACCGCUCCUGAUGCCCGACCAGAAUCUACCGCCGAGUUCGAGCGUGCCCUCCUCGCCUCCCCCAACUCCUCCUUCCUCUGGAUUCAAUACAUGUCUUUCCUCCUCCAGCUUCACGAGGUCGACAAGGCGCGUCGGAUCGGCCGGCAAGCUCUCGAGAAGAUCGGGUACAGAGAAGAGGAGGAGAAGUUGAAUGUGUGGAUGGCGCUCGUUAAUCUGGAGUUGGGGUUCGGGACUGCCGAGAGUGGAGAGAAAGUCUUCAAGGAGGCGAGUCAGUAUAAUGAUGCGCGGACGGUAUACGGUAGGUAUGCUGAGGCGCUGCAAGUCGCGGGCAAGGACGAGUUGGCGGAAGAGACAUUCAAGAAGAUUGUCAAGAAGUUCUCAGCAUAUCCCGAGUCCUGGCUCAGCGCGGCGACGUAUUACCUCAAGAAGGGAGAUAUGGAGUCUGCGCGGGCGCUCCUUCCGAGGAGUCUGAAAAGUCUGGAGAAGCAGAACCACCGCGAGAUGAUUGAGAAGAUGGCGAUCUUGGAGUUCAAGCACGGCGAGGCAGAGCGGGGUAAGACGCUCUUCGAAGGUCUGCUCGAGCGGUCAGGGAAGAAGCUGGACCUGUGGAGUGUGUACAUCGACCAAAUGGCCCGGACCGGUGAUAUCCAGGGUGUCAGGGCCCUCUUUGACCGCGCGCUGGACCGGAAACUCACCGCCAAGAAGGCCAAGUUCCUCUUCAAGAAAUGGUUGGCGCUUGAGGGGCGGAUAGGCGAUGCCGCAGGUCAAGAGAAGGCCAAGGAGAGGGCGAAGGAGUGGGUGGGGGCGAACGUCAAGCAGGAAGAAGGGGAUGACGAAGAGGAUGACGAGGAAUGA